AUGAUUAAUUCCGAGAUUAACACGAUCGAUGUAACCGGCGCAACCGCAUUCCAUAAACAGCCGAUUUUAGCAGCCAAAAAAGUCGCACUGAGAGAUAAUAGUAACUUAAAUCGCGACACAAAUCCCGCAAUUUUGCUUCCAGUUGAGGGACAAUCGUUCAUGGAUUCAGCUAAAAUAUCUGGAAUCAAAAGGAAAGUAAGCCAGUUAAAUGGGAAGAAUACGCAUCCAAGUUACAUCGCUUCAAAGACAUCUGUUCCUCGGUUUAAAGUUUCCAAUGAUGAUGAUCAGAUGACAGAAAGAUUCAUUCGUCUGCAGAAUUUCAUCAAGCAAUGUGAUGGAUCUAAUCAUAGAGAGAAUAUUCAAUUGCUCUUGCGAUUAUCUCCAUUGGAACUUAGCAGACACGCAGUUGAGUUAGAAAAAAGAGCAAUUCAGCUCACCAUUGAAGAAGGACAAGAAAUGCAACGAAUGCAAGCAUUAAAUAUAUUGGGGAAGCCAUUGGCAACCCGAAAUACAAUGCCAGUAAUACAACACAAGAACUGAAGUUCAGAUCAGUGUAUGACACUUUUUUUGUUUGUAUUAAUUUUGUUUGGAAAAUUUUGUUGUUUGAUGAAAUAAAUUUUAUGUAUUAAUUAAUUGUUAAUUCUUGAAAGCUUAGGUUAGAUUCUAAAUGAUUAGCUUCAUUAUAACUUUAUAAGCAUCAAUUUACUAUAAUCCUG